AUGAACUUCUUUGGCAAUCAGACUAUAACAGGAGCCAUGUCACGCAUCACACCUCCCGUGGAGUACGAUAAGCCAGAAAACCGUAAAUUGGCACUGAGCGUCCUUGAAAUGGGUGCAGCCUCAGAUGGCUUUGAAUACCCCCAGGUUAGUCGUGAAAUACACAAGCAUUUUUUUUAA